CGGCGAAGUACCGGCGGCUCGGCACAGGUGGAUUUACGGCCGAUGACGCGCUCCUACCUCUUCCUGUGCGCCUCCCUGGUCCUCCGGGCGGACGCGUGGGGCUUCUGCGCGGACAACGACUCUUCUUGCGGCAACUGGGCAAAGAAGGGCGAGUGCGAGAAGGACCACGUCAAGAAGCUCUGCCCGCACAGCUGCUCGGUCUGCACGCACACGUGCCGCGACUCGGACCCGUCGUGCAAGCAGUGGGGCGAGCUGGGCGAGUGUGAGAAGAACAUGAUGGCCAUGUUCAAGGACUGCCCCGUCACCUGCGGUGUCUGCAAGACAAAGUGCUACGACAAGGACGUGGACUGCGGCGGAUGGGCGCGCGACGGCCUCUGCAAGAAGGACCCCAACCUGUUCACGACGUGCCCCGUCUCGUGCGGCACCUGCACACACCUGUGCCUCGACAAGCAGAACGACUGCCCCCAGUGGGCGUCCGAGAAUCAGUGCAUCGACAACCCGGCCUUCAUGCUCAAGGAGUGCCCGCACUCGUGCAUGGUCUGCAAUGAAAUGACCCACAAGGCCGCCAAGCACCCGGUCGACAUUGAGGCUAAGACGGCUGACGGCCGCAACAUGGCGCCACGGGCCGCCUGCGGAGAUUCGGACCGCAAGCAGUGCCACAUCUGGGGAGAGCACGAGUGCGGCUCGAACCCGUCGUCGGUGAUGAAGCUGUGCCCGGAGAUGUGCGGCGUGUGCACGCUCGCUUGCGAGGACAAGUACUCCGACUGCCCCAACUGGGCACAGGACCCGACGAGCGCAUGCGACGCGAAGAAGGACUUUAUGCUCCCAAACUGCCCCCAGUCCUGCGGCGUCUGCGCAUCGAUGCACGACUUCCAAGACAGCAGCAAGGACGAGGUGUAGAGAGGCGGCCGGAGCGCGUCGGGACGCCCGCGGAUCAGACGCGCGACGAGCAGGCGGAGCGCGUCCGUCGGCCAGGAAGGCAGCGAUCGCACGAUAUCCGGUGAGCCCACUGGCUGACUCUCCGGCAUGGUCCAUGGUCUGUGGUCCUCGACAGGAGGAUGCCUGGUACAAGCGACCUUGCUAUUAUGAGCGGCAGCCGAAGCUGUCACCGAAUAUCAGAGGGUUGGUACCUAGGGUUGGAGAGAGCGGAGAGUGAAAAACGAGACUACAGUGUGCGAGAGAGCUCGCGGGCGAGAAAAACAGUGUUGAAUUAUUU